AUGAAAAGAAGUCAAGCACCAUCUGUAAGAUUAGCAAAACGAGGUGUAAAAGAAGAAGACAUUAAACUCGCAUUUAAGUUUGGUUGUCAUGCCAUUGACCAAUUAUUAAAUAAAGGAACUUUUGAACAGAAAACCGAAAUAGAAGAACAAGGAAAAACAAAACAACUCAAUAUGGAUGAAGAAAAUAAUGGUGGUGCCAAAAAUGAAGUUGUCAAAGAAAAUGGACCAAAGUUAUAUUAUUGGUGCAUAUUUAAACCAAAAAACAAAGACCCUAAACCAGGUAUAUUAGAAGUUAGCUUUGAUAAAUUAUUAUUGUUUGAUAUGGAAGCAAAACAAACUGGUUCUGUUGAUAUCACUAGAGGAGAAGUAUAUGAAAUAGAGUUAACAGAUAAAGAAAAUAAGGAAAAUCAUAUCAAAGUUGAAACUCAAACAAUAAAAAUAAAGAACAAAGAAAUAAUAAUAGAUACUGGAAAAUGUUUUGUUAUGUCUCAGAAAGAGGUAAAAGUCCUAAUAAGUUUUCCAGCAGAAAAAUAUGUAAAUGGAUCUAUCUUUCUUCAAAAACCACCAACUGAGGAAGAGUGUGAGAAAAUUGUUCAAAAAAAAGAAGAAAAAAAGAAGACAGUAUUUGUUGGUAGAGUGUUAUUAUCUAAGAAAGCAAAAGGUUUUGUUGUUCCAUAUAAAAAUGCUGUUAUACAGAGAAAAAGACAUGAACCAUUAUUUAAUCCUAAUGAACCAGAUGCUGUUGUAUUAUAUCAACCAACAGUUACAAGUAGAAAAGAGGUGGCUGUAGUUGUUGAUCCACUACUAGGAUUAAAACUAAGACCACACCAAAAGGCUGGAGUAAAAUUUAUGUAUGAUUGUGUUAUGGGAUUAAAACAAGGAUUUAAAGGAAAUGGAUGCAUUUUGGCUGAUGGAAUGGGUCUAGGAAAAACAAUUCAAGCAGUUACAUUAAUUUGGACGUUAUUACGACAAGGACCUAAUGGAGAACCCACAUGUAAAAAAGUGAUGGUUGUUGCACCAUCAAGUUUAGUAGGAAAUUGGGAAAAUGAGUUUAAGAAAUGGUUAGGUAAUGCUGCACCAAGGGUUGUUGGAGUUUCAUGUUCUGGAGCUAAGACAGACCAAGCAAUUAGUGAUAUGGAUUUUGGAUAUGCUGAGAUUAUGGUUAUAUCCUAUGAUCAAUUAAGAAUUCACAUUGAUAAAAUAGAGAAAAUUAAAGGUUGGGGAUUACUUAUUUGUGAUGAAGGACAUAGACUGAAAAAUGCUGAUAUUAAAAGUAGUCAAGCAGUAAACAGAGUUCCUACUAAAAGAAGAGUUAUUUUAUCAGGAACACCAAUUCAGAAUGAAUUAGGAGAGUUUUAUGCUAUGGUUUCAUUCGUAAAUCCUGAUGUAUUAGGAAGUUUAAGUGCAUUUAAGAGAAUUUAUGAAGAACCAAUUAUGAAAAGUCGACAAUUUGACUGUACACCUGAAGAAAAGUAUGCAGGGAAUCAACGGUCGAAAGAGUUAACAAGAUUAACAAAAUUAUUUAUUCUAAGAAGAACAUCUAAAGUAAAUCAAAAAUAUUUACCACCAAAAGUACAGCAUGUAGUUUUUUGUUCAUUAACUCCAUUACAAAAGAAGAUUUACACUGCUUUAUGUACUUUAAAAAAUAAACCAAAAGGAAAAGAUGAAAAGAAAAGUUGUCAAUUCCAAAUAUUAACUGCAUUAAAAAAAGUAUCAAAUCAUCCUUGGCUUAUCCAGGACUUUGUUAAAACUUUUCCAGAAGUAUUAGACGGAGUACUUCCUAAAGGAGAGGCAUUAUGGGAUAUGGAAUUAUCAGGGAAAACAGCCUUUUUAGCUAAGUUAUUAGCGUUUUUAAGAAAACAUAAAGAAAAGAUAGUUAUUGUUUCAAAUUAUACAGAAACAUUAAAUUUUAUUGCACAUCAUUGUAAGAAAUGUGGGUAUCCUUAUAUUCAGUUAGAUGGAAGUGUUGCUGCAACAAAAAGAACACAGAUGGUUAACAGAUUUAAUAAUCCAGAGUUGGAUGAAUUUAUUUUUCUAUUAUCUAGUAAAGCUGGAGGGUGUGGGUUAAAUCUUGUUGGUGGAGCAAACUUAGUGAUGUUUGAUCCAGAUUGGAAUCCUGCUAAUGAUGAACAGGCUAUGGGAAGAGUGUGGAGAGAUGGUCAAAAGAAAAAGUGUCAUAUUUAUCGUACUUUAUCAGCUGGGACUGUUGAAGAAAAAAUGUACCAACGACAAAUAAAGAAACUAGAAUUAGCAGGUAAAGUUGUUGAAGGAGGUGAUGACAAUGAUGAAAGUACUUUUGAUGAUAAACAACUAAAAGAGUUAUGUGCUUACAAAGAUACUGCAUGUGAGACGCAUGACUUACUAGGAUGUACUUGUGGUGCUGGUUCAAGACAAAGUAUCAACUGGGCUAAAAGUGAUGGUAAACUUGAAGUUCUUAGAAAAGAAUGGAAACAUUUUAAUGGAAAAAAACCAUUGGAAGAUGAUGUACUGAGAGAAUUAGAUUCUAAAACAAUAAGCUUUUUAUUCAGCAAAGAGGAUGAACAACUAAAAGAUGAUGGUAAUGAAGAAGUUGUUGAAGAAAAAAUGCCAGGAGAAGAAGAAGAAGUUGAAGAAGAUUGCAAAAUGAAAGAAGAAAGUGAAGAAGAAUUGUAA